UUGGGCUCAUUUAUUACCACCAAUCCUGUGAGCCCAUCAAACAUUAAGCCUAAAUAAAUAAUAGGAGAGAGCAAAACUGGCCGCAAACCUCCUCCGAUGGCUCGGCUCAUCCGCUCUGACUGACGGCUGAAUCCAUCAAUCAGGAAUUCUCCUUCAACCAUGCCGGCAACGCCCGCGAAGAACCUUUUUUUUAGCAGAGUUUUGCAAAGAGAAACAAUUGAACCUGCACCACCUGGUGGUGAAGACUGGCUUCCGUUCAAGUUUUAUUUCCUUAAACAUACCCGCUGCUGGCAUGAUCAUCCAAUGGACUGUACUUGUGUAGACGCCACUUCGGAUACUUCAUUUGGUUCAAUCCUUUACUUGUGUACACACCAGCUAUGAUUCGCCACCUUUCGAGGAUUGGUAUUCCACAAGAGGAGCAACCAACUAUCCUCGACAAACUAUUUGGAGUGCUUCGAACGGCCUUCCCUGAGGGCCGCAUUCUUGUCUUGAUAGCUCAAGUGACUCUGCGUUUGUUGGGUAGUUUUGAUGAUCUUGAUACCAUUUCUGCAGUUAUAUGCCGUUCUCCCAAUUUUACCUUUGGCUUAGAAUAUUGGGUUCCUGAUGAAGUGCGCUGUGAGACACAUACAGUAAGUGGUGUUGACUAUCAUGGAACAACUACCCCCAUUGAUAGGCUUUUAUUGGAAUCCUUUGAAGCUCUUCCUAGGAUCGUCAGGUUUAUCCCUGCAACUAGAUCAUCAAUUGAGAGUUUGCAGAAAGUGAGACUUGAUAGUUUAGAAGCAGCUACUAUCAAACAGAACCCGUCAUGUAAUAUAUGUAGGGAUGACUUUGCAGAAGGCAGUGCUGAUCAACUGGUUACUCCUUUGCCUUGCGCUCACUGUUAUCACGCAGAUUGCUUCAUCAUGUGGCUGGAGGUGAAUCAUUUGUGCCCGUUGUGUCGAUAUGCAAUGCCAAAUGUGGAAGAGGGCCAGUCUUCAAGUUCGUAAUGGACGCCAAGAGAUAAAGUAUCUUCACUCUUCAGUAAGGCAAAUUUGUCAGCUAAUUCAUUAGCUAAUAUAGGCCAAAUUAUUGUUCAGUGAUAUUUGAAGUCCUCCUUAUCAUGUAAUGUUAUAUGAUAAUGAGGAUCAUGUCAUGUUAUAAAUUGUUAUGCAAGAGAAUUAUGUCAUGUUAUAAAUUUUUAUGCAAGAGAAUUAUUUUUUGUUAGUUAAUUAAUAUUUGCACAAGA